GAUGGCGCUGGUGUUUUUGAUUUUUAAAGCUUUUAAGUUGAAGUAAAGACAGUCAGAAUUCACGCAGAUUAGUAUAAUAAUUCAGUCCUGGAGUGUGUUAGCAGUCUGAUCGGAGUCUCAGUCCUGCAAAUGAUCAUAAUGAGAUGAUCUGUGUGUGUCCGUUAGCUAAAGGAUGACUAUGUUUUGAAUCCAACUUCUCCUAGCCUGUGCGCUAAAGCUAACUGCUCUCAUUCCGUGUGUGUACAGCUAACACAGCAGCUCACUGUCUUCAACGUCACUUAAACUUUCCCUAAACACUGCCGCGAUCUCGUACAGCAGGCAAAUAAUGAAGAUGUGUGGUUGUGAGGAGCAAGAGGACCGGUGUGUAGCUGGAUCUCGCUAGCUCUAACCUUCAGCUGAACCUCUGCUGGCUCUCUCUGAGUGACUGACAACUGUCUUCAGUGAACAUGUCUGUGAAUGAGGACACAGAUCACCCACGCUUCUUUGUGGGGGCUGAUGAUGGAGAGGGGGAUGAAUUGAUUGACCCUGGCAGAGUGCUUGGCUACGACUGCCUCUAUGAGAAUGUGGAAGAAGAAGAUGAAGAGGGAGAUGAUGAAGAAUAUGAUUCGCCCCUAGAGAGACAGAUAGUAGUGGGCAUCUGUGCCAUGUCUAAGAAGUCCAAGUCCAAACCUAUGAAGGAGAUUCUGGAGCGACUGUGUCUGUUCAAAUACAUCACUGUAGUGACAUUUGCGGAGGAAGUCAUUCUGAAUGAUCCAGUGGAAAAUUGGCCGCUCUGUGAUUGUCUCAUCUCGUUCCAUUCCAAAGGAUUCCCACUGGAUAAAGCUGUGGCUUAUGAAAAGCUGAGAAAUCCAUUUGUCAUCAACGAUCUGGAUCUGCAGUACUGUAUCCAGGACAGGAGAGAGGUGUAUCGGAUCCUGAAGGCCGAGGGCGUACUGCUCCCGCGCUAUGCGGUUCUCAACAGACAUACUGCCAAACCUGAAGAGUGUAAUCUGGUGGAGGGAGAGGACCAUGUGGAGGUGAAUGGAGAGAUUUUCCAGAAGCCUUUUGUUGAAAAGCCUGUGAGUGCUGAGGACCACAAUGUCUACAUCUACUACCCCACGUCUGCAGGAGGAGGCAGUCAGCGGCUCUUCCGCAAGAUUGGCAGCAGAAGUAGUGUCUAUUCUCCUGAAAGUAAUGUCAGAAAAGUGGGAUCCUACAUCUAUGAGGAGUUCAUGCCUACGGACGGAACUGAUGUGAAGGUGUAUACUGUUGGCCCUGACUACGCUCAUGCAGAGGCCCGUAAAUCUCCUGCUCUGGAUGGGAAAGUGGAGCGAGAUAGUGAGGGGAAAGAGGUACGAUAUCCGGUCAUCCUCAACGCCCGAGAGAAACUCAUCGCCUGGAAAGUCUGUUUGGCCUUUAAGCAAACAGUGUGUGGCUUUGACCUGCUUCGUGCCAAUGGCCAGUCAUACGUGUGUGAUGUGAACGGCUUCAGCUUCGUCAAGAACUCUAUGAAGUACUAUGACGAUUGUGCUAAAAUACUAGGAAAUAUCAUCAUGAGAGAAUUGGCGCCACAAUUCCAGAUCCCAUGGUCUGUACCUUUAGAAGCAGAAGACAUUCCCAUAGUUCCCACAACCUGUGGAACCAUGAUGGAGUUGAGGUGUGUGAUUGCUGUGAUUAGACAUGGUGACAGAACUCCCAAACAGAAGAUGAAAAUGGAAGUUCGACAUCAGAGAUUUUUUGAUCUCUUUGAAAAAUGUGAAGGUUACAAAAGUGGAAAGCUGAAACUGAAAAAACCAAAGCAACUCCAAGAAGUGUUGGACAUUGCUAGGCAGCUGUUGUUAGAGCUCGGCCAAAAUAAUGAUUCAGAGAUCGAGGAGAGUAAAGCAAAGCUUGAACAACUGAAAACAGUCCUUGAAAUGUACGGUCACUUCUCUGGCAUUAAUCGCAAGGUGCAAUUAACAUAUCUGCCACAUGGUUGCCCUAAAACUUCCAGUGAAGAGGAAGAUGUAUGGAGGGAUGACCCAUCUCUGUUGCUGGUUCUGAAAUGGGGUGGAGAAUUAACUCCAGCAGGCAGGGUACAGGCUGAGGAGCUCGGUCGAGCCUUUAGGUGCAUGUACCCUGGAGGACAAGGUGAUUAUGCAGGCUUCCCUGGCUGUGGUCUUCUGCGUCUGCACAGCACAUAUCGGCAUGACCUGAAGAUAUAUGCUUCUGAUGAAGGGCGUGUUCAGAUGACUGCUGCGGCAUUUGCCAAGGGUCUGUUGGCGUUAGAGGGCGAGCUAACGCCAAUCCUGGUCCAGAUGGUGAAGAGUGCUAACAUGAACGGCCUACUGGACAGUGACAGUGACUCAUUAAGCAGCUGCCAGCAGAAAGUGAAAACACGACUGCAUGAGAUCCUGCAGAAGGACAGAGAGUUCUUUCCAGAUGAUUACGAGAAGUUGGCUCCCACCUCCAGCACAUCUUUGGUGAAGUCCAUGCAGAUGAUUAAAAACCCAGUGAGGAUGUGUGAUAAAGUGUACUCCCUCAUUCAGAACCUCACAUAUCAGAUCAGACAGAGGAUGGAGAACCCCAAAUCAGCAGAUAUCCAGCUGUAUCACAGUGAAACUCUAGAGCUGAUGCUGCGCCGCUGGUCUAAGCUAGAGAAAGACUUCAAGAUGAAGAACGGACGCUACAAUAUCAGCAAGAUUCCUGAUAUUUAUGACUGCAUCAAAUAUGAUGUACAGCACAACAGCUCAUUAAAGCUUGACAACACCAUGGAGAUAUACCGGCUGUCUAAAGCUCUGGCCGACAUAGUUAUUCCCCAGGAAUAUGGUAUUUCUCAAGCAGAAAAACUGGACAUUGCCAAAGGAUACUGUACACCUCUGAUUCGUAAGAUACGCUCUGAUCUGCAGAGAACACAAGAUGACGACACAGUUAAUAAACUACACCCAGUAUAUUCUAGGGGAGUGAUGUCACCAGAACGGCAUGUGCGGACAAGACUUUACUUCACCAGUGAAAGUCACGUUCACUCCCUGCUGUCAAUCUUGCGUUAUGGAGCACUCUGUGAUGAGGCCAAAGAUGAGCAGUGGAAGAGAGCCAUGGACUACCUGAAGAUAGUCAGUGAGCUGAACUACAUGACACAGAUAGUCAUCAUGCUCUACGAAGACCCUAAUAAGGAUCCUUCAUCAGAGGACCGCUUCCAUGUGGAGCUGCACUUCAGUCCAGGGGCUAAAGGCUGUGAGGAGGAUAAAAACCUGCCUUCUGGAUUUGGUUACAGACCAGCUUCCAGAGAGAAUGAAGGCUCCAAGAAGAAAUCCCAGAAUGACAGUGAUGAGGAGUCCAGCGGUCCUAAACGUGACGAGCCAGAUCGAGCCCUUAUGAUGUUCCGCCCCAUGGUGUCAGAUCCCAUCUACAUCCACAGGAAGUCCCCUCUUCCCCGCUCCAAAAAGAUUGGCUCUGUGGAAUCCCCAUUGCAGAAAGACUUUAUCAAGACUGCUCCUGGCAAAGAAGAAAGCCCCCUGAGUGUGUCUAGCCCUGACUCUAUAGGUACCUGGAUACAUUACACCUGUGGUGUUGGUACUGGGCGUAGAAGACGCAGAUCAGGGGACCAAAUAACUUCCUCCCCAGUCUCCCCCAAAUCACUGGCUUUCACAUCCAGUAUUUUUGGCUCAUGGCAACAGGUCCUGUCGGAGAACAACAGUCACGCCAGACCGAGCAGACUGCACACAGACCACAAACACACCACAGGAAUAGGAUCUCAUUGUGCUGGCCUGUUUAGCACCAUGGUGCUGGGCGGUUCCUCCAGUGCACCUAACCUACAAGAUUAUGCUCACGCACACCGUAAAAAGCUGACCUCCUCUGGCUUCUUAGAUGAGGCCACACAUGGUUCUGCUGUAAAAAGAUUUUCUAUCUCAUUUGCGCGACAUCCAACCAAUGUGUUUUCCAGUAUGUUCAGUGGUUUUGAGUUGUACUCCAUGGUUCCUUCAAUCUGCCCAUUGGAAACCCUCCAUAAUUCCCUGUCUCUCAAACAAGUAGAUGACUUCCUCGCCUCCAUAGCCAUAUCCCAUGAUGCAAUCCUGGACAUAUCUGCAUCUUCUCCAGCUGCGACUACAAAGAAGGCUUCUUUAAACAUGUACACUCCAGCAAAGGUUUUGCCCUGCAAAUUCACCCAGUCUCUUGGCAAGAAGACGCCAACAUGCUCACCAGAGUGGAGCACAUCAGGCAUGUUCAAUCAAGAUGGUUUUCCAGCUAGACAACCCAGAGCAGUUGCAGAAGAUGUUCCAGAGCAUGGUGCUAGUGAUGGAAAAACCUCACUUCUGAGCUCCGAGACAAAGCCGUCCAACCCUGCUCCAAACAUCUGUAUCACUACACCACCUCAAUCUCAUGACUGCUCCAUUAAAACCCAACAACAAUCCAGUGACCCAACAGAUUAUUAUUAUGCUCAGGAAACACAAAGUGGACUAAAUUCACAACACUCCCCCAACCAGAACACAAUUACAGACACGGCUAUCAAGCCGAGGACUGCUUAGGUACUGCACCACAAUCUACGGUCAAAUAUCAUGGACAGUUAAUACAUAUAUAAAUAAGAACCAAUGAGGGAUUGCUUCAUAGAGCAAGUUACAGGCCAAAUUUAAUUGCUUUUACUGAUUCAGUCAUCUCAUUUCAUGAAUGGCCGAUGUGUAAACGUGGGACACCAAAAGAUAUCAUAUAAUUAAAAGCUGUGGCUGAUUUAGCUUUUUCAUUCACCUGAAUGUUUCACAAGAAUAUGUUAUUUGUAUGUUGUAUAUUUAAAUGUCAAAAUGUAAGUUUGAUGCAUAGAACUUGUCAUGAAUGCACAUAGUUGCUGCAGCUAAUUUUAUUAUUAUCUUUUGUUAAUUGAAUGAAUGAGGGCCUCAUCAAACAAGGUCCAACGUGAAAUUUCAUUGUUUAAAAUCAUCUCUUGUCAUACAUAUAUGUAAUUACAAUCAGAAUUCGCACUUUGGUUCCCUUGACUGUUAUUGUAAUUCUCCUAUCCCACGUUUAUAUGCUGAGACAAUUAUAAGUAGGACAUUUGUUGGUCCCCCAAAAAGUGUAAACUGGCUCUGUAGCACUUUCAAAACAUUGCUCUGUUUGUUUGAGCAUUCCGACCAGCAAAACUGGCUCAACCAAUGUUUGGGCUGGGACCAUCUGUUCAAAUUGUAUUAGAAAAUAGAAUUUUAAGAGUAAUUACAUUCAUUAAAUAGUCCUACAGUGGAUUAGA